CCCAACUCCCUUUGCAUGAUUAAACCACCAUCCAUUCCAAUUCUUUCACAUUUUCCCCACCAAACCCUCUUUUCACACACCCCCUACAAACUUAUUUAACCGGCGACAUUCACUGCCAUUUCAUGUCCUGAAAGCAGUAGAAAAGAAGGCUAACCUCCAAACCAUUUCACUUCCCAUUCCAAAGGCAAGAAAAGAAUGUCCAUAGUUGCAGAGGCCCCUGGCUUUCUCCAAGUCUUUUCCGACGGAUCCGUGAAGCGUUUCGCCCCGGUCAUAGCCAAUGCCUCUUCUGAAUCAUCCAAUGGAUACAAAUUCAAGGAUGUGAUCAUCGACCCAUCAAAAUCCAUCACUGCCCGAAUCUUCCUCCCCGACGAAAGAUCCGCGACUUCAUCAUCAUCACCAUCUAAUCAGCUUCUUCCAGUCAUUGUCUAUUUCCAUGGGGGUGGUUUCUGCAUUGGCUCCACCACAUGGCUUGGCUACCACGUUUUCCUAGGAAGUCUCUCUGUCACCUCUCAAUCAAUUGUGUUGUCUGUAGAUUACCGUCUUGCCCCUGAAAACAGGCUUCCUAUCGCUUACGAAGAUUGUUACACCGCGAUUGAGUGGCUAGUCAAAGAGAAAAACCUCGACUCCUGGCUUGAGCGAGCCAACCUAUCGCGGACUUUUCUCUCGGGUGAAAGCGCUGGUGGAAACAUCACCCACCAGGUAGCUAUCACCGCAAUCCGAGAAAAUCUGUGCCAGACUUUCUCGGAUUGCCAUUUGGAAGUCAAAGGGUUGUUGCUUAUACACCCCUUCUUCGGAAGCGAAAGGAGGACCAAUAGAGAGAUGGCAGAGGGGGCGGCCGGGGACGUGGCAAUGAACGACAUGUUUUGGGGGCUGAGUCUGCCCGAGGGGUCGAAUCGGGACUUUUACGGGUGCAAUUUUGAGACGGCGCCACUAGAGACGGAGGAGUGGGGGCGAUUUCCGCCAGUGGUGGUUUUCGUGGCAGGGGUGGAUUUCUUGAAGGAGAGGGGGGUUAUGUAUGCAGAGUUCUUGCAGGGGAAAGGGGUGAAAGGAGUGGAGUUGGUUGAAGCAGAGGGGGAACCACAUAUUUAUCAUGUGUAUGAUCCUGAGUCUGAGGCAAGUAGGUUGCUCCAGAAGCAAAUGAGGGAAUUCAUUCACAGCCUUUAGAAAACCAU